UAACUACAUAUAUAACUAUAAUUUGCAUUUCUAAAUCAAACAUAAACCCUCUUCACCAAUACUCUCUAAAGAUGAUGAAUCCUUUAAUCUCUUUCUCAUCUACUCCACUUCUUCUUCUUCUUCUUCUUCUUUUCUUGCUUCCGCCAUUAAUCCGAACUAACGAUAUGAUCGACAAAACUUGUAAGAAGACGCCACAUUACGAUCUCUGCAUCUCGUCCCUGCGAUCAAAUGCGCAAAACUCGGACACAGAUGUUAAAGGUCUAGCUUCUGUAAUGGCUAAUAUCACUCUGUUUAAUGCUACUGAAACACUACAUUACUUACUACAGCUGAUCAACCGAAACACAGAUGCUGAGCUAGAACGACAAUUAACCUACUGCGCUGAAGCGUAUAUUCCAAUUGUUGAUUACAUUCUUCCGCAAGCCAUUGAUGCUAUACUAAACUGUCAAUUCGGAUUUGCCAAGUAUGGGAUAGCAUAUGCUGAAAACGAGGCUCGAGCAUGUGAAGAUAAAAUUUCAGGCUCAGUUAAGUUGGACUUUGUAGAAAUGAACAGAGUAAUGCAGAAACUCUGUGAUAUAUGUGUAGCCAUCAUCAAUAUACUGCUCAAGAAUUGAUCAGCCACAGCCACUACUUCUGUAAUAUUGCUAAGACUAAGUUGUAAAUCUCUUGUUCAGUUGUUUUCUUUUUCCGGUUCGGUUCAACUUAUCGUAAAACUAAACCUUUUUUUAUUAUCUUUAGAACCAAACCAAACCAAACCAACAAAUUUUAAAAAAUUAUUAUGUCAAACCGAACAUAACCAAAUUUCUCAGCACUAUCGCAUUUGAGGUUAAAUAUGUUUGUGUCAUCAGCUUACAACGUGUUGUGCUAGGGCCGACAUGUGAACCUGUUUAAUCCGUUUAUGACACAACUUAAAAUGUGUCAUUAUCGUAUCAACACGACCCAAUAUGUUCAAUAAAUGUGUUAAAUAUGUAUGUGUUAGUGUUACCCAUAACCGAUCCAUUUAAAUAAAUGGGUUAACAUGUCGUGUUGAUAUAACAUAUAU